AUGAGAAAAUGUGUAGAAUGUCUGCCAAAAUACGUCAAGUUCCAUUUUAUCCCACCGCCGGCCAGUGGGCUUCCUCUUACUACCAUAUUUGUUAGUGAGUGGAAACUCCAAGCGGAUGCUUCACAUUUAAACAUUCGGUGAAAUAUCUGUCUCGUCGUUCUAUCUGUGGAUUCACUUUGCACAUUUUUAAUACGUCUUUCAACAGGUUAUUUCUGUCCUCUGUGAAGCACACGCCGAGAGGACAGAGGGAUUUAACAUCUUAAUCACUGGAAAAUUGAAGAAAUGGCUGAUGCAGAAGUCAACCCCAAGGCCUACCCUCUGGCUGAUGCCACACUGAGCAAAACCAUCCUGGACCUUGUGCAGCAAGCUGCCAAUUACAAGCAGCUCCGCAAAGGGGCCAAUGAAGCCACUAAAACACUUAACCGCGGUAUUGCUGAGUUCAUCGUGAUGGCUGCAGACGCAGAGCCCCUGGAGAUCAUCCUCCACCUGCCACUGCUCUGCGAGGACAAGAACGUGCCCUAUGUGUUUGUGCGCUCCAAGCAGGCCCUGGGACGCGCCUGCGGGGUCUCACGCCCAGUCAUUGCCACUUCGGUCACCAUCAAGGAGGGCUCGCAGCUCAAGCCCCAGAUCCAGUCUACCCAGAUGGCCAUUGAGAGACUGCUGGUGUGAGCAGAGAGCUCAGGAUGGGGGUUGUAGGGUUAACGAUGGGACGGGCUAUGAUUUAAUGUUGUCCUGCUUUGUUUCAUGUUCUGUCAGACUCAUGUAUAGAAGAUUCUAUUUUGUAAGGCUGUGUCCAUUUUGAAAUGUUGGGACAGAAUAGGUAUAUCUGAAGCGUUGGAACAAAAAUGGCUUAACUUGUUUUUAACAUUGUUGUAAAUGUGGCAAUUAUAUAUAAAGAGAAUACGGGAUGUCAAACUAAGCAUAGAAUCAUACUUAGCUUUCCUUAUGUUGACUGUUUUCCUUCAUUUGGUGUGGUCAAAGGUGGCCAUGUUCAUUCCAGUAUUUGUAGUGUUUCAUUUGGGAAACAUUCCUACAUAGGUUUUAAAUUAUAAUUUGAUUAAAUACAUUGUCACUGUGUAAGUGAUUGUGUAAUUAUGGAA